GGGCGGCGCACAGAUGAGGCUCUGCCGUUCAGUCCCAUCAAGCCCUCCAAGAAACGCAGAUUUGAAUGCAACUUGUUGACGUUUCUGUAAUCGGAGAGCAGAGUGGAUCGCAUCAGCACCGGGAAGCCCCCGUGUCGCUCCCCGGGGGUUUAAUUGUUGAUGGAGACACAAUGAGCUGCGCCUUGAUGCAUCAGAUGGAGCUCCGCACUUUUUACACUUUUCACAGCUUCUGGCGAUUGAACUCUGGAAAAAAACAUUUUUGAUGUAGGCUAACUGUUGUCAACUCGUUUAGUGAGCACUGUCAUAAAUUCGAAUCGCUCAAGUUUUUAAUGCUUAACUGUGUUUAUAGCAGAUAGAUGAGAUGUGAAGCAGUCUCAGCACUUAGAGCAGCAACACCUACAGAAGCUGUCCGCUGGUGGUACCCUAUUGAAUGUAACCAGUCCGUAUUUGUUUGUACUGGACGUGCGUAAAGGAAGGACACCGCUGACGGGAUUCCCUGAUUGCUUUUGUGCUCCGCUUUUAUCAAAGAGAAAGAGAGAGGAAUUCACUAAAUUAAGGAAAACGUGUCAAUCCAAAUGAAAUCCAGAGGGAGUCAGACUGAGAUGGAAAGGUGUGAAUCAAUUGCACAUUUUUCCUAAAGUGUUUUUUUGGAGAUGACAUUUUUUAGUGACAGAAGAGACAGGAAAUGAGGGGAAAAGAGACAGGAAAUGACAAUGCAACAAAUGCCUCCAGCCAGUUUCAAACCAGGGAUGUUGCAAUUACAUGGUCACCAUCUCAAACCACUAGGCAACCAGGAUGCUGCAAAAUUAUACAUUUUUAGUGUAAAGUAUUAUAUAUGGGAAAGCAUACAGUUGAUAAAAUGAACUGCCAGACAGAUAGUCUAAACAAUUUCUAUGGCAGAAAAUAUUAAUUUACACCAAAAUAAUCUGAAAGAAUAUUAGUAGUAUUAAUUGCUUUUAUGUUGAGAAUUUACGUACAUUGGAUACCUGCGUAAAGCACCACUGAUUAUAUUAUAUAUGUUUCAUAUAGUGUGACUAGCAAAGCAAGCUGGUUAUAACUUUGGUGAAAUGUUUUAUAUUUACCUCUCCUGGAGAUUUCAAUGUCAGUCUUACAACAAAUGUAAUAAAUUAACAGAAUGGCUGGAGGUGUGUGGGUGUUAAUGUAUCAAGUCAUAAUGCUCCGUUUACAGGUCAAGGUUGAGUUUAUGGGUUAUUCAUGUGCAUUUAUUGCCCCUUAUGUGUGGGACUUGUCAUGUACGUGGUUUCCUUGUUUAUGCAUGUAUACAGUAUGGGGGAGGGGAUGUCGGUAAAGUUGAAAAUAACUAAUCUUCCUUCUUAUUUUUCCCUUUCAUUUAUCUCACCUAGGAUGAACAUGCUCCAGAGAGGGAUUCAUGAAAAUCUGACAAACCCUUCUUAGCUAUAUGGACACGACAACUGAAAGUUUAUCUGACUGACAAUGCUGUGAAGAGGAAAAGCUAACACAAGCAUUUAACACUGGGAACCUGAAAAAAAACGUUGCUGAUCACAGAAUUUGAGCAAACUUCUAUAUAACUUCCAAAAGCUAUAUGGAUAUCAAAAAAUCACCUACAAGCGGACUGGAUAACUGGUCCUCGUCUGGUUUUGAUGUGGAUCACGUAACUGUCAUGUUCUGGCUUUCCAAUAUCAUCAAAGACAUGAGGCACAGCUAAGUUUCAGUACAAACCUCUAUUUAGAAGGCUUCAUGUGGACUUGAGAAUAGAUAAGAGAGGCAACAAGUGAACCUGUGUAUUUGUCGUCAUCUUCCUACAUGCAGCUCCCCGCUUAGCUUUAUUGAAAAGGAGGAGCCCAUUAAAGCAUUUGAUAGAUAGGAAGGCUUGGUCUGAGGGUGUUGUUGCUGGCUGGUUGCUGGUUGGAGAUGAGAUAAGAGCACUGGGAAGAGAGAAAAGAAGUGCCUGUCUGACAGGAGCUGAAUACAAAUUGGGAAUCGUCUCUCCUACAGUUACACCAGUGAGGCGAAUCAAUAUUGGAGAAGCGAAAUGGACAAAUUAGUUGGCUUCAAUUACAGGAGCAUUAGUUGUUAACUGAAAUGAUGGAAUUAGAUGUUUUCUAAAGGUUGAUAUGAAAUCGCAUUGCAAUACAAGGGAUGGGAAAUGAGGGAAAAUAAGAACCUUUUUUUUUUCUGCAGCUAAAACCAGCAGUGCCAUGCCACUGUACAGCCUUCCUCAGUGCCAUGCCUGAACUGAUCCAUGUGCAAUUUUAGAUAACAUUGAUGAGGCUAGUCUGAACCUUGGAGAAAAUAAGGUUUAAAAGGAGAAGAGGCGAGAUGGAGCUGGAUAAUAGCUCACUGGACUACUUUCCUAGCAACUUCACAGAGAUUCCUGACACCACUACAACUCCACCCUGGAGUGAGGCCAGGCUGCUCGGCCUCCAGAUCUCCCUGUCUGCGCUGUUAGCUGUUGUCACACUGGCUACUGUGCUUUCAAAUGCCUUUGUCAUCGCCACCAUCUUUCUGACCAGGAAGCUCCACACACCUGCCAACUUCCUGAUUGGCUCCCUCGCCGUCACAGACCUGCUGGUGUCUAUUUUAGUCAUGCCAAUAAGCAUAGUCUACACCGUCAGCAAGACCUGGUCACUCGGGCAGAUUGUUUGUGACAUUUGGCUGUCGUCCGAUAUCACGUUCUGCACGGCCUCCAUCUUGCACCUGUGUGUGAUCGCAUUGGACCGCUACUGGGCCAUCACAGAUGCGCUGGAGUACUCAAAACGCCGCACCAUGCGCCGAGCUGGGAUCAUGGUCGGGGUGGUGUGGGUGAUCUCCAUAUCGAUUUCCUUGCCUCCACUUUUCUGGCGGCAGGCCAAAGCCCAUGAGGAACUGACAGAGUGCAUGGUGAAUACAGAUCAGAUCUCUUACACCCUAUAUUCCACCUUUGGCGCCUUCUACGUUCCCACAGUGCUUCUCAUCAUCCUAUACGGACGGAUCUAUCUUGCUGCCCGCUCCCGCAUCUUUAAGACGCCAUCAUCCUCGGGGAAACGUUUCACGACAGCACAGCUCAUCCAGACCUCUGCAGGCUCCUCUCUCUGUUCUCUUAAUUCUGCCUCCAACCAGGAAGCACACCUACACUCUGGCAACGUGGGAGGUGGAGGAGGAGGAGGGGGAUCAUCACCUCUGUUCAUGAAUAGUGUGAAAGUGAAGCUGGCAGACAGCGUGCUGGAGAGGAAACGUCUGUGUGCAGCUCGGGAGAGGAAAGCGACCAAGACAUUGGGCAUCAUCCUGGGCGCAUUCAUUGUCUGUUGGCUCCCGUUCUUCGUUGGCACGCUUGUCAUGGCCAUAUGCAAAGAGUGCUGGUUUGAUCCAGUGCUUUUUGAUAUAUUCACCUGGCUGGGAUACCUGAACUCCCUCAUCAAUCCUGUUAUCUACACCGCAUUCAAUGAUGAGUUCAAACAGGCUUUCCAAAAACUCAUCAAAUUCAGGCGGUGCUCCUGAAAAACCUUACAGUGGAUUAAAACUCUAUUGGAAAACAGGGAGUGAAAAAGACAAAGAAAAAACAAGAUAAUGAUAUUAAAAGUACAGCACACUUAAAUGUUCCAUCUUGUAAACACAUGCUAAUUGUGAUAUGUUUUUUAUAUCAAACAGCUUUGUGCCAUAGUUCUUUAGAUUCCUACAGCAUAUCCUUCAUGUAGACUUAUGCAUGCAUGCAAAAGAAAAAGAGACAAAUCUUGACCCCCAAGAAUUGUGGAACUCAUCUUAAAAAAAUAAAGAAAGGGGAUUUGAAGUCUAUUUCAUUUCA